ACCAAGACCAUGGCUGGAGGCAAAGCUGGAAAAGACAGUGGGAAGGCCAAGGCUAAGGCAGUUUCUCACUCUCAAAGAGCUGGACUACAGUUCCCAGUGGGACAUAUCCAUAGACACUUGAAGACUCACACCACAAGUCAUGGAUGCAUGGAUGCUACUGCUGCAGUAUAUAGUGCUGCAAUUCUGGAGUAUCUCACUGCUGAGAUGCUGAAACUGGCAAGAAACACCUCUAAAUAUCUCAAAGUAAAAUGUAUCAUUCUUCAUCACUUACAGCUUGCAAUCCAUGGUGAUGAAGAGUUGGACUCCUUUAUUAAGGCUACCAUUGCUGGUGGUGGUGUGAUUCCUCACAUCCACAAGUCUCUAAUAGGAAAGAAAGGACAGUAG